AAAUGGCGCGAAGAAAGGCGGCAAUCGAUUUUUUAGGUGGAUAAGAAGCGAUUUACCAGAUGAGGAGGACAAGAAAUCGCCUGUCCUACUCUUAGGCGUGAACAAGAUCUCUGACUCACCAUCGUUUGUCCGAAGAAGAUCCAUCGAACCACACACAUCAGGAUCCAUAAGGUUCUUCAGACCCUUAAGGUCAAAGUACACCAGAGGUCUUCAUGGAGACGAAAGACUGGAAAAGAUCAGACAGGACCUCCUAAUACACAAAAGUAAACCUGAUACUUACAUUCCCAAUGACCACGAAGUCUCCCUUGAACCAGAGGAGAGAUGUAUGAAGUUAAACUGUGUGGGAAGCUGCGUUUGUGACAGGAAAGAAAGUUCCACCCGAGGGUCUUUCUCCUUCCAAAGACCAGAACCAGGGACCCAACACUACGAACAACCCAAAGACUUUUCUGAGAACGACAUCGAAUUCAAGUACACAGAACACAUUCCCCAUUCUCAACCUUCCAGCAGCAAACAAAGCUACAAUGUCACGCCAAAAUCGACGGAAAGGAGACAUUUCCUACUAGCCAACCUUAACGAGAGGUUCCGAAAGACCUUGAGCUUGGAUUCCAGAAAGGUUGAGAUUAAUCGCGUUGCCGUAAACCUUCCAAAGGAAAACCGACCUAAAUCUUUGGUGAACACGAGCAACAUUUGCGUGCAAUAUAAAGCUGCAGAGCCUUUUGUUGCCCCAAAUUUUAGCAAAGCCUCCCAACCAAAGAAAAAACGAAAAUCGUUUUUUUCACUGGACACAUUUUUCGACUCCAAAAAGUCUGAUACGUCGUCCAUAGACGAUUAUUGCUCAUCAAAGUACAAGCGUUUCGAGCUUGAGAGUGAUGACUCUCCACUUUUCAAACGAGAUAACAACGAAGAAAAGACUCCAGAUCUCCUAAAUCUGCCGGUUAUAAUUGACUCGGUGAGGAAAAAGCAAUCGGACACAAGGAGACAGUUAGAAAAGCUAGAAAAUCAUUAUUAUAAGAAUAUUCAUAAGACCCAGACAGUGAUAGACGCGGUCCCUAAAGACGCAACCAAUUUGCAAGGUCCGAGCGGGCAUACUAAUCAUUUGUUUCUUGACGAGGACGUGGAAUACAUUGAACCCAUUCGCAGUACUUUCACAAGUCAGAGCACACUGAUUUUAGACAAAAACGCUCCUGAAGAACUAAAACCUGACUCCAUUCUGACAAUAAACACUGAUGAGACGGAUAUAAGACUGCCAAGUUCGACGGUGUCUCCCAAAUCGCAUGUCGAAGACUUUGAUAGUAUAGGAGCCUAUGAAAUUGAAGUUAAAGAGUCUGAUUUAGUUAAAAUAGCCAAAGAUUUAACAGUGAAAGUUAUGGAUAAGUCAGUGGAUUCUAUUGGCAGUUGUUCCCUAGAUGUCGAUGCUAGUACAGACUUUUCAGAUACCACAUCAGGAAGUUUGAAUCUCCUAACACCGUCUUCCACCACAAGUCGGAUCCGAGACUUCACCUCUCGGUUGCAAGAGCGGGCAGGCUCCAAUCUACAGCCGAAUUACCUAGCCAGCCCUACACCCGUCGCAACCCCCGUCCGGACCCCAGAGGACACCACCCCAACACCCAGAAAAUCUGAGAAUCUCUUGAAACCUCCCCCAAAAGUAUAUGUCGACACCUCAAGUCAUAGAUCGAGAGGACAUCACAAGAAACGAGACGAACUACCCCAUAAGAAGCCUAGUUAUCUAAACCUAGCCUGUUCUGUCAAUGGGUACACGAACCUCACCACUUAUGACUCAAAACUGAGGCAGGAUAUCAACAAAAGCCGCGAGGCAUCUCCCAUAAGACCAAUCACACACACCUACCAAUACAGAAGCGAAAAUAACUCGUUACUCGUCCCUGUUCCUGUCAGUGCUAAUAAACUGUUGGUCCCCACAUUCGGGCCUCAUGAUACGCGCGCCGAUUUGACACACAAAGCGCCUACUAAGGCGCACACAGAUCCUUACCUAGCCACAUCACCUUUUAAUGUCUACAUGGCUGCCGAAAAUAAGCAGUUGAAGAACGACUUCCUAGGCAACAUGACUACCACCAGUCGGCCUUACAUAUCGAGUGAAAGCAAGAACUUUGCCACCUCAAUGCUCCACAAAACCGAUGAAGUAGACAAUGCUAAGGAGAUCACAUUCAAAUCCAGCUAUUCGGAGACGAAUUUCCGGAAGACUGUCACCUCUAACGGUAAAGAAACAAGGUUCACUUCUGAAUCGUACACGAUUUCUUCGAAUGGAGUUUCUAAACGGGUGGAGAUUACAAAAGAGAAUGGGGAACAGCUCACGAGUCCUAUGAAGAGUUUUAUCCAGCAGCGGGUUGAGAGGCUGUACGGGCCUGGCGCCUUAGCUCAAGGUUUCUUUAACCAGAAGCGUCACAAACUGAAAAGUUCAAGCGAAGAUGAUGAGCCUAAAGUGUUGACCGAAAAGUCUUUGAACACUCCAGAAAGGCUGCCCAGAAAGGUGGAAGAAGCAGAAAAAGACAGCGUCUGCACGAGUCCAAACGGAGAAUUGGACGUGUCUCUACCAGUUUUGAGGCAUUUGAGGCCUGAGUUCCGAGCUCAGCUGCCUAUUCUGUCACCAAAGAAGUGUGUGAAAAGCGACCUGUCUCCGCAGAAGAUUGAAGAAGACAUUCCUAAAGUGGAAAAGACUGAUACAGUUGAGGAUAAAAGUGCAGUGUCGGUUACGAACGGUAUUUCUGUGAUAAAACUAGACAGUGAAGUUAGUGAGCCGGUGAUAUGUAGUGUAAAUGGUGAAUCGAAUGGUGUGAAAGAAGUUGUGAAGGACGCUCAUUAUUUCUUGAAUUUGGAGAAGAAGGAGACUGAGAGGUUGCUGGCGCUCGCCGCUACCGCUGAAAAGGAAUUGGAGGAUUUACAGAGUCGUGAGGAUGUGAGUGAGGAGGUGUUGGGCUUCCUGCGCGCUGCUUCAGGCAAGGCCAGGCUGCUAGCCACACAGAAAAUGCAGCAGUUUGAAGGUCUAUGCUAUAACAAUAUCAACGAGCGGCAGGAUGAGCCCUUCCCCACGACGGUUGAGGAUCUUCAAGGCUUCUGGGACAUGGUGUGUCUGCAGGUUGCCAAUGUAGACGCGUUGUACAAGCAGAUCGCUGAGCUCAAAGCUAAUAAUUGGCAGGAGAUAACAGCCCCCACGAAGCCGACCCCGUCCACCCCAGUGGCGUCGCCGCCGCGUCGUUCCCGCGCUACGCCUGUCGUCAAAAACGAGAAAGCGCGCCUUGCUGCAGAAAAGAGGGAAGCUGAUAGGAAAGCUAUGCUGGAGCAUAGGAGACGCGUAGCCCGCGAGAGACAGAUGGCGCAGCGAGCCGCCGCGCCAGGGACCAGCCAUGAGGUGCACAGCGAUAUGGGGAUUGAAGGCAGUCAGGAGGUGGAAAUAUUUGUAGGAAAGACAGCGAAGCCGUCUAAGGUGGCUCCAAAAGGUGACUGCAUGAGCUCGGAGCGGUCUGACGAUUCCAUCGUCGAAGGGAGCUGAUUUUCACGUUAGAAUUACUAUAUCUAUUUACCUAAUAGACGAAAUUGUCUACUACAUUAGUGUAUGGGGAAAAUUUGUAAUAAUUAGAGGGCCUACGAUGACGUGUUAACGCAUCCAGUGCCCCCGACGCG